CAAAGACUGCCCACUACCUUUUUGUUUUUCUUGGAAAAAGCAAACAAAUUUCACAAAAUUAUGCGAAUCAUUCUUCUUCAAGUCUCAUUCAGCUCACGCUUUCUUCCACAUCAAUCCCCCCUUUUUGUUGCAGUAACCCAAUCAAAACAACUCAUAAUUGUGUUGUUGGAUAACUCCUUGAAGAUCUGUCUGUAACUUUCGUAAGUUUGGGUGUGGUUUUCCUCUCGAAUUUUGUAUUUGAUAAGAUCUAUCUUACUCUGUAAACAAAUUUCCCCAAACCCUAACGAUUCUUACAGGGAAGUAACUAUUCCUGUGUAAAUCUGCAGUUUUGCGCAAAUUUCUUUCUCCCCAUUCACAGAUUCCCUGAUUUGGUUCUUGUUUACAUAAAUAUCCUUGUAUUUCUUUAUACAUAUUUAUACAUACACGACGAAUUAGCAGCUCAAUACUUUGUUUUUGCUCAUCUAAAGAUCAUUUCUUCAUAAAAUUUAGCGAAUUGGAGCUGUGGAUUUUGAUUGGGUUUUUAGCAUUUUUUGAAUUUUCGGUCAAUCUAAAUUAUGUCACCGGCGGCCCUAGCCGAGCCGACGUCCAAUACAUUACCGGAAUCUUCAGAAACCCCCGAGUCGUCACCGGAGAGAGGUGAUUUGGAUAAUAAUCGCCGCUUUUGGGAUUUGAGAGGGGUUCAGUGGCGUACUGAUUUGGGGGUUUUGCCCUCUUCUUCCUCUGUCGAUGAAGUUCGUCGUGUUACUGCAAAUUCCCGUAGAAGCUACGCUACUUUAAGAAGGAGGCACCUGAUCGAUCCCCUUCCUAAAGAUGGAAGCAAUAUUCCCGAUCUUGUUAUGGACAAUCCAUUAUCGCAAGACCCAGAUAGCAUGUGGGGUCGCUUUUUUCAAAAAGCCGAGAUAGAGAAAAUGGUGGAUCAAGAUUUGUCACGAUUGUAUCCUGAACAUGGUAGCUACUUUCAGACUCCGGGAUGCCAAGGGGUAUUGAGACGAAUUUUAUUGCUUUGGUGUAUUAGACAUCCGAACCAUGGCUAUAGACAAGGAAUGCAUGAACUCUUGGCUCCACUAUUAUACGUCCUAGAAGCGGAUGUAGAACGUCUAUCUGCAGUGCGAAAAUUAUACAAACAUUACUUCACUGAUAAUUUCGAUGGCCUAUCAUUCCACAACACCGAUUCAACAUACAAUCAAACAUCUCAACACACAGACAACAAUAACGAAAUCCAAGAAAAUCAAGAACCCAUCAAUACCCUCGACCCCAAAAUCCAAACAAUCAUCUCCUUUUGCGACCCGUAUGGAGCCGAGGGCGAAUUGGGAAUUGUCUUAUCUCAAAAAUUCAUGGAACACGACGCCUAUUGUAUGUUCGAUGCGUUAAUGUCCGGUAACGGUGGUGCGGUUGCAAUGUCCAACUUUUUCGCACCGCCGCCAUUGUCCACCCAAUUGCCGCCAGUAAUUGAAGCCUCCUCCGCCUUGUACCACCUCCUCGCGGUGGUUGAUCCGUCUCUUUACACUCAUUUCAUCGAGCUCGGGGUUGAACCGCAGUAUUUCGCGCUUCGGUGGUUAAGAGUUUUAUUCGGGCGUGAAUUUGACCUCGAGGACCUUUUGGUCAUUUGGGAUGAAAUUUUUUCAUUUGAUAAUAAAAAACUCGAUGGGGUGGAAAAUGAAAAAGACCCGGAAACAAGUUUCCGGGUCUUGAAUUCGACCCGCGGGGCGUUUAUUGCCGCCCUUGCGGUUUCGAUGAUUCUUUAUAUUCGAUCGUCUGUUCUUUCCACCGAAACCGCCACUUCGUGUCUUCAAAGACUAUUGAAUUUUCCAAAAGAUGUGAAUUUGGAGAAAUUGGUGAAGAAAGGGAAGUCGUUGGUUCCGGUGGCUAUUGCUGCCAUGAGAUCGAUGCCGCCUCCGGUGGAUGGCGGCGGCGGCAGCGGUGGUUACAAGAUGAGCAAAGUAACGACCGGUGGAAAGAGUCAUAGCUACUGGGAGGAGAAAUGGCGGGUUUUGCAUAAAGAAGAAGAGAAGAAAGUUGAAAGUAAACCGAAAGAUUGGCCGGAAAAAGCGAAACUGCAGUUGUUGAGGACGGAAUCUGCCCCGUCUUCUUCGAAAGGAUAUCGUGAAAAGACGAUUAUGUCCCCGGGCCCGAGCCCAGGCCCGGCCCGGAUUGGACGCCAUGUUCGCCGGAGUUUGCUCGAAGACUUGGCCCGACAGCUCGGGUUAGAAGAGGAACCCGAAAAUUGUGGAAAUGGUGGCAGUGAAGAAAACUCUUCGAUUUUUUCCGACGUGGCAAGCCCGGGUGGUGCCGCCAGUGACAGGCACCAUGAAAAUGAGACUGACCGGAGUAGUGUGGCGUCAAAUUUAUCAGUCCAUGAAAUUGAGCCCGAGCCUGAGCCUGAGCCUGAGAUUGUCUUGGAAGUUGAUUCGCCUGAGACUGUCGCGGAAGUUGAUUCGCCGGAGGCUGUCGCCGGAGAUGCUCCGGUGAAGGUGGAGGAGAAUAAAGAUUCCGCCGGAAAACCAGGGGUGAAUUUGAAAGAUAGGAUACUUUCUUCGGGGAAACUUCAGUGGCUUUGGAAGUUUGGGAAGAAUGGUGGUGAAGGUUCGUCGGAGAAGGGCGGCGGCGGUGGCGGUGAUCAGAAAAGUGAAGUGGUGGCGGAUUCCGGGAUGGAUGUAACGAGCAAAGCGGAAUCCGGCGAGCAAAACAAGACGUGUUCUUUGAAGAAUCUAGGGGAAUCCAUGGUGGAAAAUCUACAGGUGAUUGAAUCGGUGUUUCAGCAAGAAAAGGAAGUAGAUAACAUGUCGAAGAAGGCACUGGUGGAUAGAGGACAGAUGACAGCCAUGGCAGCUCUUAAAGAGCUUCGUAAGAUUAGUAAUAUUUUGUCAGAAAUGUGAGAUUAUGUUUUGUAUAUCAAUGUAUUCUUGAUCUUGAGAGUAAGAGUGAGUGUUUUAAGUCUAUAGUAAUUAAUAAAUGCUAUUAUUCAGCAUCUUAUGUCCACUCCACUCUCAUAGUUUAGAUUUAAUUUUUGCUAUGUAUCAACAGAUUUAUGUUAAAACUUAAAAUGUAUAUAUAUGUUCAGAUCAU